UUGUUUUAUUUGAUUUACUUCGGACUGUUUUGAUUUUUAAUGAGGAAGCAACUGCAAUUUUGUUGCCUGAACUAACAAGGUUGUUUAAAACUUCGGUUAUGACUAAAAUUGUUGAGUAUGUUUUUAUUCUUGUUUUCUUAAUUAUAUAUUUAAUUUUUAAGAUUUAUAUGUAAGUCAGACACCCGUUUGAGAAAAUUCAAUUUCCAAUAACAAAUUAAGGUUAUCUGUCAUUAUCCAGAUAAAAAUAAUUUUUUUCCUUCCUAUUUAUUUGGAUUCACAAUAUUUCGUUCAAAUUUUUGUUUAAUUUGUUUUUAUUCUUCAAGUGCCAUCUUUCUAAACGGGUGCCUUAAUAUGUGCCUUUACUGUAUUUGACACCUUCAAAAUAUUAUGAGAUUGCUGUCCUAAACUAGAAGAAGAGUUGAGUGGGUGGGAAAAAGAGAUGUUUGAAAAGAUUCGACAGGCAUUUUCAAAAGAUACUCUCAAUCAUCGUCUAGUAGAAUGCCCCGAAGAAGUUAAUAAUUUAACUCAAAAUAAGCUCUCCUUUUCUUCAAAUUCUACAGCAACACCUUUACCUUCUUCAACUAGUGGUGUUCCAACAUCUAAUUUUGUUCCAUCUCCACAUGGGUCAAAUACACAAAUGAAUAAAAUUGAGCUAUUGAGAGAGAAAAUUAAUGAAGCUCUAAUUGAAGGACAAAAUAACCGUAAAAGAACGGCAGCAGAUCAACUAUUACAACAAAUUGCUGAACAUUUUUCGAAAGUCGUUUUGACAGAUGGUUCAAGAAAGGGAUCGUCAAAUGUGGAAGAUAAUUGUAGUGGUAAUCGACAGAGACUUGGGGCUGCAAAAUCAACAGCUGGAAUGAGUGCUGUGGAAUUUCGACGUCGAGGUCGUCAGAUGGUUGAUUACAUAACUGACUAUGUGGAGAAUAUCGAGAAUAGAAGGGUUGUCCCAUCAAUUGAGCCUGGUUAUUUGAAAGAACUUUUACCUUUACAUGCACCACAGACAGCAGAACCAUUUGAAAGACUUUUGCAGGACUUUGAGAGUUAUAUAAUGCCGGGGGUCACCCAUUGGUCUCAUCCCCGUUUUCACGCCUAUUUCCCAGCAGGAAAUUCUUUUCCUUCAAUUUUGGCUGAUAUGUUGUCUGAUGCUUUGGGCGCUAUUGGAUUCUCUUGGGCUGCAUGUCCAGCAAUGACUGAACUGGAAAUUCAUAUGCUCCAAUGGUUUGGUGAGAUGAUAGGCCUUCCUGUUGCGUUUUUACCGUUUACAGAAAAUGGGACAGGAGGUGGAGUCAUUCAGAGUAGCGCCUCAGAAUGUAAUUUUGUCGCUCUACUAGCAGCACGUUUUGAAAUUAUGAAAGAAUUGCGUCAACGUUUUCCCUUUGUUGAGGAAGGAUUAUUAAUGUCAAAAUUAAUAGCCUAUUGUUCAAAAGAAGCCCAUUCUUCUGUAGAAAAGGCAGCAAUGAUUGCAAUGAUUAAAUUGAGAAUAUUGGAAACAGAUUCGAGUUUUAGACUGAGAGGGGAAACUUUGCAGACUGCCAUUAGUGAGGAUCGCAAUCUUGGACUAAUUCCCUUCUUUGUAUCAACAACCCUUGGAACAACUUCUUGUUGCUCGUUCGAUGUUUUGUCUGAAGUUGGGCCUGUUUGUACACAUAAUGGUUUGUGGCUGCAUGUUGAUGCUGCUUAUGCUGGUUCUGCAAUGAUUUGUCCAGAAUUUCGAUAUUUAAUGGCCGGUAUUGAACAUGCAAUGUCAUUCAAUACAAACCCAAAUAAAUGGAUGUUGGUGAAUUUUGAUUGUUCUACAAUGUGGGUGAAAGACCAAUUCAAAUUAACACAAGCAUUAGUGGUUGACCCUCUCUAUUUGCAACAUAGUUGGACUGAUAAAGCAAUUGAUUACCGUCAUUGGGGCAUCCCCCUUAGCAGACGCUUCCGUUCUUUAAAACUUUGGUUUGUUAUUAGAAGCUAUGGUGUUGAAGGUUUGCAGCAUUAUAUUAGAGAACAUGUUAGACUUGCAAAACUCUUUGAAUGUUUAUUGUUGGCUGAUGAUCAAUUAUUUGAAGUUGUUGCUGAAGUACUUAUGGGACUUGUUUGUUUUAGAAUGAAGGCAUCGGAUGAAUUAAACCAACUACUUUUAAUAAAAUUAAACAGCAGUGGUAGAAUACAUAUGGUACCAGCUUCGUUAAAUGAUCGUUUUGUAAUUCGUUUUUGUGUAUGUUACGAAAAUUCAACUGAAAGAGAUAUACAUAUUGCUUAUGAAAUAAUUAAACAAACAGCAAUUAGUUUGAGUAUGUUUUUGGGGGGUUUUGAGAAGAAAUUUAAGAAAAUUUUUCUUUAG